UGCUCUUUGUCAGGGGGAGUGAGGAGCAUGAAUGGAGCAAAAUGGCGGAUCAUGUGCAGAGCCUAGCCCAGCUAGAGAUCCUGUGUAAACAGUUGUACGAGACGACGGACACCAGCACCCGGCUGCAGGCAGAGAAGGCCCUGGUAGAGUUCACCAACAGCCCUGACUGCCUGAGUCGAUGUCAGCUGCUGCUGGAGAGAGGAAGCUCCUCUUAUUCCCAGUUGCUGGCAGCCACAUGUCUCUCCAAGCUGGUGUCUCGCACAAGCAAUCCUCUACCCCUGGAGCAGCGCAUCGAUAUACGAAAUUACGUCCUGAACUACUUGGCCACCAGGCCGAAGCUGGCGACGUUCGUGACCCAAGCUCUGAUCCAGCUCUACGCCAGAAUCACCAAGCUGGGCUGGUUCGACUGUCAGAAGGAGGAUUAUGUCUUCAGGAAUGUCAUCGUCGACGUCACAAGGUUCCUUCAGGACAGUGUUGAGCACUGCAUCAUAGGGGUGACCAUUCUUUCCCAGUUAACCAAUGAGAUUAAUCAGGCAGACACGACGCAUCCACUUACCAAGCACCGGAAGAUUGCGUCCUCCUUCCGAGACUCGUCUCUGUUCGACAUCUUCACCCUGUCCUGCAAUCUCCUCAAACAGGCAUCUGGUAAGAACCUGAACUUGAACGACGAGGGACAGCACGGCCUGCUAAUGCAGCUGCUCAAACUCGCCCACAAUUGCCUCAACUUCGACUUCAUCGGCACGUCGACGGACGAGUCGUCCGACGACCUCUGCACCGUCCAGAUCCCCACUAGCUGGAGAUCAGCCUUUUUGGAUUCCUCGACCCUGCAGCUGUUUUUUGAUUUGUAUCAUUCCAUCCCUCCCUCUCUCUCUCCUUUGGUUUUGUCCUGCUUAGUUCAGAUAGCAUCGGUUCGACGGUCUCUCUUCAACAAUGCAGAGAGAGCCAAGUUUCUGUCCCAUUUAGUCGAUGGUGUUAAGAGAAUACUGGAGAACCCACAAAGUUUAUCGGACCCAAACAAUUACCAUGAGUUUUGUCGGCUGCUAGCCAGACUGAAGAGUAACUACCAGCUGGGUGAGUUGGUCAAAGUGGAGAAUUAUCCAGAGGUGAUUCGCCUUAUCGCUAACUUCACCGUCACCAGCCUACAGCACUGGGAGUUCGCCCCCAACAGUGUGCACUACCUGCUCAGUCUGUGGCAGCGUCUGGCCGCGUCAGUGCCGUAUGUCAAAGCCACAGAACCUCACAUGCUGGAGACCUUCACCCCCGAGGUGACCAAAGCCUACAUCACCUCCCGUCUGGAGUCUGUGCAUAUCAUCCUCAGGGACGGCUUGGAGGACCCGCUGGACGAUGCUGGCCUGGUACAGCAGCAACUCGACCAGCUGUCCACCAUCGGCCGCUGCGAAUACGAGAAAACUUGCGCGCUGCUCGUACAGCUGUUUGACCAAUCAGCACAGUCCUACCAGGAGCUGCUGCAGUCCACCAACUCCAGUACCAUGGACGCAGCCAUCCAGGAGGGCCGUUUGACGUGGUUGGUGUAUAUCAUCGGUGCGGUUAUCGGGGGGAGGGUGUCCUUCGCCAGCACGGACGAGCAGGACGCCAUGGACGGCGAGCUGGUGUGCCGGGUUCUACAGCUGAUGAACCUGACGGACUCUCGCUUGGCGCAGGCCGGCAACGAGAAGCUGGAGCUCGCCAUGCUGAGUUUCUUUGAGCAGUUCCGGAAGAUCUACAUCGGAGACCAGGUGCAGAAAUCCUCCAAGCUCUAUCGCCGGCUGUCUGAGGUUCUGGGGCUGAAUGAUGAGACCAUGGUUCUCAGCGUGUUGAUUGGGAAAAUAAUCACCAAUCUCAAGUACUGGGGCCAGUGUGAACCAAUCACGUCGAAGACACUGCAGCUCCUCAAUGACCUGUCCAUUGGCUACAGCAGUGUGAGGAAGCUUGUAAAACUCAGUGCUGUCCAGUUCAUGCUGAACAACCACACGAGCGAGCACUUUUCUUUCCUGGGUGUGAACAAUCAGUCCAACCUCAGUGACAUGAGGUGUCGAACCACUUUCUACACGGCGCUGGGCAGGCUGCUGAUGGUGGAUCUGGGUGAGGAUGAGGACCAGUUUGAGCAGUUCAUGCUUCCUCUCACGGCCGCAUUCGAAGGGGUCGCUCAGAUGUUCAGCACCAACACGUUUAAUGAGCAGGAGGCCAAGAGAACACUGGUGGGCUUGGUGCGUGACCUGAGGGGUAUAGCCUUCGCCUUUAACGCCAAAACCAGCUUCAUGAUGCUCUUUGACUGGAUCUACCCACCCUACAUCCCUGUCCUGCAGAGGGCGAUAGAGCUGUGGUACCACGUUCCCGCCUGCACUACACCUGUGCUCAAACUGAUGGCCGAGCUCGUGCACAAUAGGUCGCAGAGACUACAGUUUGACGUGUCCUCGCCAAAUGGUAUCCUGUUGUUCAGAGAGACCAGCAAGAUGAUCACGACAUAUGGAAACCGUAUCCUGACCCUGGGGGAGGUACCGAAGGAUCAGGUCUACGCCCUGAAGCUGAAGGGCGUGUCCAUCUGCUUCUCCAUGCUUAAGGCUGUGCUCAGCGGCAACUAUGUAAACUUUGGUGUCUUCCGUCUCUAUGGCGACGACGCACUCGACAAUGCCCUACAGACCUUCAUCAAGCUGCUUCUGUCAAUUCCACACAGUGACCUGCUGGAUUACCCAAAGCUCAGUCAGUCAUAUUACUCCCUACUGGAGGUGCUGACCCAGGACCAUAUGAACUUCAUCGCUAGCCUGGAGCCUCACGUUGUCCUCUACAUCCUGUCCUCCAUUUCUGAGGGUCUCACAGCCCUAGAUACGAUGGUAUGUACAGGGUGCUGCUCCAGUCUGGACCACAUCGUCACCUACCUAUUCAAGCAGCUGUCGCGCAGCACAAAGAAGCGCGCGCAGCCCAUGGCUCAGGAGAGCGACCGCUUCCUCCACAUCAUGCAGCAGCACCCGGAGAUGAUCCAGCAGAUGCUGUCUACGGUGCUCAAUAUCAUCAUAUUUGAAGACUGCCGGAAUCAGUGGUCCAUGUCCCGGCCACUUCUCGGCCUGAUCCUGCUCAAUGAGAAGUAUUUUGCUGAUCUAAGGAACAGUAUCGUGAACAGUCAGCCUCCAGAGAAGCAGCAGGCCAUGCACCUGUGCUUUGAGAACCUAAUGGAGGGCAUCGAGAGGAACUUGCUCACCAAAAACCGAGACAGGUUUACGCAGAACCUUUCAGUAUUUAGGAGAGAAGUAAACGACUCCAUGAAGAAUUCCACGUAUGGCGUCAACAGUAAUGACAUGAUGAGCUGACAUUCCACCGAGCACCAGGCCCCGCCCACAUGGCUCUGCCCACCUCUGACCUCCCCCCCGGCCCCGCCCCCGGCCCGGAUGCCAGGGGACCACUGCUAUGCUGGCCUGCACUUCCUACUCCCUGCUCCUUAAACUCCGCCCCUCCCCAAUGACGUCCCUCUUAUUCCUCCCUUUUUAUAUAUACACAAACAUAUAAAUAUAUACAUAUUUUAAAGCCAGUUUCCUGAGGUCUCCUGGCCACAGUUGUCAGCUUAGAGAGAGUGAGAGAGUGAUCAGGGGAUAGGUGUAGUUUGGGUGGAGGUGAGUGUGGAUCAGAAAGGGGCUAAAGGUG